UCUAGAUUGUUCACUUAAUUUUAUUUUGUUAUAAAAUACAAAAAUUAUUUCAAAUGAUAUUGCGAAAUCUCGGUAUUUUUACCACCUGGAUUCUGAACAGCAUAUUGCCAUCAUCCAACAACAUGAGGGGUUCUGACAUAUCUCACUGGGUCAAUGAAUCCAUUAACAAGAGCAAGGUGGUUGUCUUUUCGAAGACUACCUGCCCAUACUGCAUUAAGGCAAAUGGCAUACUUAAUUCGGUAGCUCCAAACGAUUUGACUAUUAUUCAACUUGACGACAACCCAGACCGUGCUGAGAUUAUGGAGUAUUUCAGGGAGACCACUGGUGCUGCUACAGUUCCUCGUGUAUUCAUUGGUGGCAAGUUCUUUGGUGACUGCAGUAAAACGGUCGCUGCUAACGAGUCUGGCGAGUUGAAGAAGGUAUUGGAGGAAGCUGGUUGCCAGUGAAUGUAUGAAUAGUGCUUGUGAAUACCCUUUGGGUGUAUAUAAUGUCUCAUAAUGUCAAUAACUAUAACCAUUAAUUUACUUAAUCGAUAU